AUGGCUCCGGCUGCGACCACCAGUACCCGCCAGACCAUCGAGCGAGGGUGGGCCGACCUCGAACCUCCCUCCCCACCGCAACCUCGACCAGCCGACAGCUACGAGGCCCGCCUCGCCAGGGCCAAGACGCUCCGCCAGAAGUUCCCCCUCCUGCGGCCCUUCGUCACCAUCUGCUCGUCGACCACCCGCGACCUGUGCCCCGACAGCUCGACCUGCACCAACGUCCACUUUGUCCGCGCCCUGCGCCCGCACACCGAGGUCUCGCUCGGCGACUGCUCGUACCUCAACACCUGCCACCGCCACGAGUGCCGCUACGUCCACUGGGUCCUCGAGGACCCGCUCGACGCGCCGCCGCUCAACACGCCGUUGCAGGUCGAGGCGCCCACAGGCGACGACGACGAGCCGCUCCCGCCCCAGUGGAUCAACGCCGACCUGCGCUCGCUCGACAUCUCGGUCCUCGGCAAGUUUGACGUCGUCGUCGCAGAUCCGCCCUGGGCCAUCCACCAAGAGCUCCCGUACGGCACCUUGACCGACGACGAGAUGAUGCGCAUGCCGGUCGGCGAGAUGCAGGACGAGGGCGGGCUUCUCUUCUUGUGGGUCACCGGUCGAGCGAUGGAGCUCGGAAGGGAGUGUCUCAAGGCGUGGGGGUACGAGCGCAUCGACGAGCUCGUGUGGAUCAAGACGAACCAGCUGCAGGGCCUCAUUCGGACCGGUCGCACCGGUCACUGGCUCAACCACUCGAAGGAGCACUGCCUCGUCGCCGUCCGCAAGUCGACCACGGACCCGAGCGCGCCUCCUCGCCUCCCGGCGUGGUUCAACAAGGGCCUCGACACGCAGGUCCUCCUCGCCGAGGUCCGUCAGACGUCGCGCAAGCCAGACGAGCUGUACGACAUGAUCGAGCGCAUCGUCGGCGGCAGGGCAAAGGGGAGGAAGGUCGAGCUCUUUGGGCGGACGCACAACUUGAGGCGCGGGUGGUGGACCCUCGGCAACCAGCUGGGCGACCGCGACCAGGUAUUCGAGGCCGACAUCGUCUCCCGCAUCACCGCCCGCUAUCCCGAGCGCAGCCUCGCCCUCCUCGACCCAAAGACACUCGCGCCGGCCCGCUCAACUUGAGCCUCGCGCCUCGCACAGACACUCUUGUAGAAGCUUUCUUGGACGCAUCGAGACGGGUUCCUCGAC